GCGGGACUGAGCGCACAGUUGGGGGUAGGUGCGGUAGUGCGGCGUCUGAUGUGUGCAGAAAGACAACUCUCAGUGCUGGAAGGACACGCACCGGGAAAACCGAAAUGCACACAAAAUGCUGCGUCCAGGAGCUGUGACAAGCCGCUGGGUGUGAAGAAAAUAAAGAAACCGCAAAGCGCAACGCCGGAAAUCCUCUCGUCCAGACCGAGGCACUCGCGCAGGCAGCGUUUUUGCCGCAGAAAUCAUUCCACCAGAGCUCCCGCCGAUGCGCUUUUGCUGUGCAUGAUUCCCCCCGUUUGGUUUGCAGGUCCAGGACAAAACCGGGCGGUGUUGACGACUGUGUGCGGUGGAUACGCUUUGUGAGUGCACCUUACCCUCGUCUCUGCACACCUCUUGGCACAUCCUUCAGGAUGGCGUUAACGAUCUGCACGAGGUUUACCGACGAAUACCAGCUGUUCGAGGAGCUGGGGAAGGGCGCCUUCUCUGUGGUCAGGAGGUGCGUGAAGAUCUCCUCUGGACAGGAGUAUGCUGCCAAAAUCAUCAACACCAAGAAGCUUUCUGCCAGAGAUCAUCAAAAGUUGGAGAGGGAGGCGAGGAUCUGCCGUUUACUGAAGCACCCCAACAUCGUAAGACUCCAUGACAGCAUAUCGGAAGAGGGUUUCCACUAUCUGGUGUUUGAUCUGGUGACAGGAGGAGAGCUGUUUGAGGACAUAGUAGCCAGGGAGUACUACAGCGAGGCCGAUGCCAGCCACUGCAUACAGCAGAUCCUGGAGAGCGUCCAUCACUGCCACGUUAACGGGAUCGUUCACAGGGAUCUGAAGCCUGAGAACCUUCUAUUGGCCAGUAAGCUGAAGGGGGCGGCGGUCAAGUUGGCUGACUUUGGGCUGGCUAUCGAGGUACAGGGGGAUCAGCAGGCAUGGUUCGGAUUUGCUGGCACCCCGGGCUACUUAUCUCCGGAGGUUCUGAGGAAAGACCCAUAUGGGAAACCAGUGGACAUGUGGGCCUGCGGUGUGAUUUUGUACAUCCUGCUGGUGGGCUACCCUCCCUUCUGGGACGAGGAUCAACACCGCCUCUACCAACAAAUCAAGGCUGGGGCCUAUGAUUUCCCGUCCCCUGAGUGGGACACUGUAACUCCCGAGGCCAAAGAUCUGAUUAACAAGAUGCUCACCAUCAACCCCAGUAAACGCAUCACUGCCGCAGAGGCCCUCAAACAUCCCUGGAUCUGCCAACGGUCCACUGUAGCUUCCAUGAUGCACAGGCAGGAGACUGUGGAGUGUCUGAAGAAAUUCAAUGCCAGGAGGAAACUCAAGGGAGCCAUACUGACCACUUUGCUGGUCACGAGAAACUUCUCAGCAGCCAAGAGUUUGCUUAACAAGAAGUCAGACGGCGUUAAGGAACCACAGACAACUGUGAUCCACAACCCCGUGGAUGGAAACAAGGAGUCGAUUGAGAGCGCCAACACCACCAUUGAGGACGAGGAUGCAAAAGCCCUUCAUCUGGGCAGCUUAGUGAAGGGCGUGUUGAGUUCUAAGAGCCGCUCCUCACAGAUGUCUGAGUCAAGACAGACUCCCACCUCCUCAGUUCAGACCUGCACCAAUAACAAUAAAGCUCGCAAACAGGAAAUUAUUAAAGUCACUGAGCAGUUGAUUGAGUCUAUCAACAAUGGGGACUUCGAGGCCUACGCGAAGAUUUGUGACCCUGGUCUGACUUCCUUUGAGCCCGAGGCCCUGGGAAACCUCGUGGAAGGUCAUGACUUCCAUCGCUUUUAUUUUGAGAAUGCACUGUCCAAAGGGAAUAAGCCGGUGCACACCAUCCUCUUGAACCCGCACGUGCAUCUUAUUGGGGAAAAUGCAGCGUGCAUUGCCUACAUUCGGCUGACCCAGUACAUGGACGGUGGCGGCAUGCCUCGCACCAUGCAGUCCGAGGAGACCCGUGUGUGGCACCGCCGCGAUGGAAAGUGGCAGAACAUUCACUUCCAUCGUUCCGGCUCACCCAGCAUCCCCUCCCAUUAAUGGAGUAUCUACGUGUCGCCAGGAAAAACAAAGCAAAACAAAACAAAAAAAAAAUAAUCCCAUCAGCAAAUCUAGCGGGGCAGUCUACUAGCCAACCCAUGACUGCCCUUUGACCUUUGACCGUCCUCUAAGGAUAUGACAUCGCACAGGACACAAGUAUUAUUACAUUUUACUGUUAUGGCAUUUUAUUAAUGGACGUCAUUCGAAAAAACCACCGCCGGGUGACUGCACACCGUAUUUGGACAUUACGAAACAAGCAUAUUGAGACCUUUCUUUGUUUUCUUUUCUUUUUUUCGUUUGUUUUUUAAGAUGUUUUGGUAUGCCUUUUAAAUAUAAAAUAGAGAUGUUUAAAAAUCGACUAUUGUAACCUCUCCCGAAAAAUUAGUUCUGUAUUUUUAUGUGUAUUUAUGUGUGUGCAAUUCAAAAAAAAAAAAAACAUUUGAAAGAAUCAGAAUGUUAAAAUUGAGCUUGCUUUAGUUCUGGUGAUGUAUAUACAUUGUGAUUGUUGAUAAAAAAACAAAAAACAAAAACAAAACACUGAAAUUGCUAUUCUUGCUAUCAGAGGACUUAAGAGUUUACGUAAAAUCCAGUUUAUGAGCUACAUUUAUGUUUGCUAUGAGCUAAGUCAUACUGUUUAAAUUGUCAGAUUUCAACCUAUAGUACUAAUUUAAAUGUAAAGAAAAGCAGAGCAGCUUACACUUUGCAUUGAGUUGUUUGCCUUUAUAUCAGUGAAAUAAGAAAUAAGAGAAUGUAGCAUAUAUGUAAUAUAUGAAAAUCCAAGACUAUUGUGUAGUGCAUGGUGGGGGGAGGGAGGGGGCUGUUAUCGUGAGUAAGAUCAUAUGAAACUAUAAUAUCUUCUGUUUGCUUUGUCGAUCACUGACCCGUUGGUUUGCAUUUGUUAAUGUUGUGCAUCAGUCCUGUCCCAGAUGUUUCUAAUGUCCUCCCGUAUCAUGGAACUGUUAAAAAACAAAACAAACAAAAAAAAAAAAACUCCAGUGCUACUAUCAAAAUGUCAUAUCUAAGAGGAGGGAGAAUAAACCCCCCCUGCCCCCCCGGUUGCCGAAGCACCCCUUUGACCAUUUUGUAUAAUAAUGAGAAGAAAAACAAGCUCAUUUUUCAUAAUGUUUGUACUCGUAUUGUAUGACCGUACGUAAGGUUUCUGUUGUCAUUUUGUUCUUGUCAUACCAGCGUGUUUGUUUGCCAGCUGCAGAGAGAAGGUGCAGGUGAUGAAGAUGGAGCAAAGGCACAAGAGUCUCAAAUAAAUAACCUGGCAGUUGGGACUGGAGCGUCUGGAAGCGCCACAGACUCGAAAUACGUUGCAGUCUGGGAAGAGUGUGGUGCAAAGAAAGUGAGGUGCGAGAGUGGGUGGAGUCUGAGAAUGAGAAGCGGACUUGAAUAAAUGUUUGGAUGUCUUCCUUGGCGAUGAGUGCUUCUGCUGCCCCGCGGUCUUUGCCACCGCGGGACGAUGAGUGUCCUCGUCAUCCCUACCGUUUGGUCUUUUCAGUUGGUCUGUCUCUUCUUUUUGAAAGGGGAAAAUAUGUUAAACAUUUCUUUUGAUGAAACGUAUGAUGUCAAUGCAAUGCACCACUCCUUAUAUGGUGUGUGUACCUGUUGCCAGCAUGGCAAUGGAUGGCUUAACAUGUUUAAGAAAUAAAUAAAUCAGCUACAAGGUGUGGUAA